ACCCGCCCAGGCCACGCCCACCGCGCCCAGGCCACGCCCUCCCGCCAUGGCCGCCGCCCUCCUCCUCCUCCUCCUGCUGCUGCCGCCGCCGCCUCUGCGCGCGAUGACGUCACCCCCGCCGGCCCCGCCCACCCCGCCGGCCCCGCCCUUCCGGAACCUCCGCGUGGACCCCGCCCUGCGCCGCCUGAGCUGGGAGCGGCCCCGCCCGGGCCCCCGGGCCGCGUGCGCGAAGGAUGGGCGGAGCCCGGUGUGGGCGGAGCCCGGGCGCCAGCACUGCGUGUUCCCGUCGCUCUCGCGCUGCCACGUGACCAACCUCACCGUCUUCGCCCCGGGCCGGGGCGGGGCCGCCUGGGUUCUCUUCCCCGCGAGCGACCCCAACCGCGCCGCCGCCGCCGCGGACCUGCGCUGCUGGCUGCACCGCGUGAGCCGCCUGAGCUGCCGCUGGGGGCGCGGCCCGGGCGCGCCGGACGACGUGCAGUACCGGAUGUUCUGGCGGGACGCGGCGCUGGGCAGCGACCGCGACCGCGAGUGCCGCGGCUACGACGUGACGGACGCGGGCGGCGCCCGGCUGGGCUGCACGGUGGACGCGGAGGAAGGGGCGGGGCCGGGGGCGGAAGGGGCGGGGCUUCCGGUCGUGGCGGCGGUGACGGUGACCGGGAGCAGCGCGCGCGGCGCCGUGAGCUGCAGCGACGCCGCCGUGGACCUGCAGGCGGCGGAGGUCCCGGCCCCGCCCUCGCUGCGCGCCGAGUGCAACGGCAGCGGCUCCGCCCUCGUGCGCUGGGCCGCGCGCAGCCGCUUCCACCGCCGCUUCCGCUUCGAGCUGGAGAUCCGCAAGGGUUCGCAGCCGCAGCCGGAGAUCGAGCGGACCUCCGAGAGCCACUUCCGCGUCCCCAUCCCCGGCUCCGCCUCCUUCCGGGUGAGGGCGAGGCCGGACGACCUCGCCGAGUUCAGCGCCUGGAGCGACGCCGCGCGGUUGGACUGCCCCGCCCCCGCGCGCCCCGCGACGCCGACGGCCGUGACCCUGGCGACGGCGGGGGCGGGGCUGGCGGCGAUGGCGGCGCUGCUGCUCCUCUGCCGCAGGUGA